UGUAGCGAGCGCAUAGCGCACAGCACAGCCUAGAAAUGGUGUAGGAUAGCAGGAAAUCAGGAAGAACUCAAACCCAGGGGGAAGACAAGGCCUACGCUAAAGCUUGCGUCGGGUGUGCCAGCGAGGCAGUCGUGGGUCAAAGGUGAGACGUCGGGGUGGCACCAUGGAGGGUGAGCAGGGUCCUCCUGCCUCCAGUGCCAGCAACACGAGCAUGUCCAGCUCCUCCACUACCAGUUCCUCUCUCACCAGCAGCACUUCCAACACACCCAGCACCAUCACCACCUCCACCCCCACAGUCCCCAACAGCAGCAGUGUCAGCUCCACCAGCAGUACUAACAGCAGCAGACAGACUGUGCCGCAGAUAUCGGUGUAUAGUGGGAUACCUGACCGACAGACUGUACAGGUGAUCCAGCAGGCCCUGCACCGGCAGCCAAGCACGGCGGCGCAGUACCUGCAACAGAUGUACGCAGCACAGCAGCAGCACCUCAUGCUGCAGACUGCAGCCCUCCAGCAGCAGCACCUAAGCACAGCGCAGCUCCAGAGCCUGGCCGCAGUGCAGCAGGCCAGUAUAGCUGCUGGGAGGCAAAACUCCUCCCAGAAUGGGACGUCAUCCACGCAGACUGGUUCUUCACAGACUACGAUUAAUUUAACCACGUCUCCUGCUACUGCUCAGUUAAUAAGCCGUGCCCAGACUGUAAACCCCGCCCCUUCUGGAAUCUCACAGCAGGCAGUGCUGUUAGGCAAUGGCUCAAGCCCCACCCUCACUGCCAGCCAGGCACAGAUGUACCUGCGUGCUCAGAUGGCUCAGCAAAGCAACCUGGUGCACGUAGCUAGGAGUCUGGGUCGUGCAGUUCCUCUGUCUCCCCAGCUGAUCCUUGCUCCCACAGCCACCGUGACUGCCUUGCAGUCAGAGACCAGUGCCAACAGCAACACCCAGUCUGCAUCUGCACAGGUGCAGAAUCUUGCCCUGCGUAGCCAGCAGGGGGCAUCGUCUUCCUCUCCAUCCACAGGCCUGCAGGCCCUGAGCCUAAAGCAGACCUCGGUCUCCAUCCAGCCCACACCACUCAUCAAGAGUCCCAUCCAGAGCUCCUCCAGCUUGGGGAGCGGGGCAGGGAAGGGGCCGCUGACCGCAGCCAGCGGGGAUGGGCCAAAGAAGCUAGACAGCGGGGGGGAAGUGGAAGCCAAGGCCGUAAAUAUGAGCCGCAGCGUGACGUCCUCCCAUCCCCUUAUUGCACCAGCAUAUGCCCAGAUUCAGCCUCAAGCCUUGAUCAAGCAGCAACCACAACAGUUCGUCAUUCAGCCCCAAGCUCCACCCACUCCUCGAAUGCAGACCCAAUUAUUGCAGACCACCUCUAUCCAGUCACACCCACAGACUGCCUCACUGGGCAUCCAGAGCUCCACCCAGAGCUCCUCAGUGGGAGGACCAAUGCCCGUGCUGCCCAAACCACCAACGCACAGCCAGUGUCCGGCCCCAAGCCAGCAGGCCACCAUCUUCCACUCCACUGUGAGCCAGCAUGGGGCCCAGUUAGGCCUGGGCCAGACCAAACCUCAGCCCGUGCAGCUAACAGCCAUCAACCUGCAAAUUCAGCCUGCACAUAGCCAGUCCUCCAGACUUGCUCAGGACAGUAAGGAUAAGCCUACAUCUCUGGUGAUGAGGGAGAUUUGCCCUCCAAUGGGUGCACAGGUCCCCACAGCUACGCCAUCCCAAGACAUUGGCCCUCCAGAGCCACCCAAAGCUGAUACAGGAACCGUCACCUGCCAAACACAAGGCUCUGCAGAGACGCCGUGUGCCACCACGGGGACCGGAGUGACGCCGGCCAUGACCUCAGGAACCGAGAAUGAAACGCCAGCUACAACAGGCAGCACCCCACAGAAUGGGGAAAGCAAACCACCUCAAGCCAUUGUGAAACCCCACGUCUUAACACACGUCAUUGAGGGCUUUGUUAUCCAGGAGGGAGCUGAACCAUUCCCUGUUGAGAGGCCUCUGGUUCAGACUGACAACCUUAAGAAAGCAGAACAGUUGCCUUCAGACCCAGAGAAAACCCCCCUCAGCAAUGCCCCCAAUACCACCGACUCAGAGCCUGAAGAACCAGCACCACAAGAGCUGACAGGGCGGGGUGAGGAUGAGCCAGAUGAGCCCAAGCUGACAUGUGAGCUGUGCGGCUGGGUUGACUUUGCCUACAAGUUUAAAGGCUCCAAGCGCUUCUGUUCGGUGGUGUGUGCGAAACGGUACAACGUCGGGUGCACAAAGCGGAUUGGUCUCUUCCACCCUGACAGGACCAAAACAGCCAGUCGUUGGAGGCGAAGGUCACACAGUCGAGGUCGCCGAAGCACAGAGGCAAAGAAACAGAAGCUGUCUGGGCCUCAGCAGUCUCAGGGGGAGUCUGUGUCCUCCCCGCUGCCCUCCCAGCCCAGCCAGGGAGAGUCCAGCCCCUGCUCAGACAUUUCCAGCUACGAGGAGCCCCCCUCCCCCCUGUCUGCAGCCAGCUCUGGCCCCAUGGGGCCACCCCGAGGGGUCGCUACCCCUGACCCGGAAGAGCUUCCUCUUCUCAGCCAACACUUCCUGCCAUGUGACCCCACCAACUGGAACGUACAGGAAGUAUUUGAGUUCAUCCGCUCACUUCCAGGCUGCCAAGAGAUUGCUGAUGAGUUUCGUUCUCAGGAGAUUGAUGGACAGGCCAUGCUGCUACUGAAGGAGGACCACCUAAUGAGUGCUAUGAAUAUCAAAUUAGGUCCAGCACUCAAGAUCUUUGCCCGCAUUAACAUGCUCAAAGACUCGUAACCUCAGCACGUGGUUCGAGAGAGCACGAGAGAGAGAGAGCUAGUGUGUGUGUGUGUGUGUGUGUGUGUGUGUGUGUGUGUGUGUGUGUGUGUAUGCAUUGUUGUCUGCGUGUGUGUGUGUGUUGGUGUCUGCAUGUGUGUGAAAAAUGGUGUGUGUUCUUCUAAGGUCCUCUAAACUUGACCUAAUUAAAACAAAUGCACUACAAUUUUUUUAAAUCCGUCCUAGUACAAUAUAUGUUGGCUGCAACUUAAACCAUACAUCCUCAAGGUUGAGAAAUGAAAGGAAAUAAUAAUCCUUAAGAACUACCUAUGAAGAAUGGCACAAUUAAUAAUGUCCAUCCACCAAGACAGUACUAGGCAUAGUCCUCUACACCCUCUAACAGGCUAAGGAACUGGAAUCAAAUUGUAUUUACAGUAACUAGAGUACAUCUGCAGGUGAAAAGUGUGAAGUUAAAACUGGCAUGGGGCUUGCAAAUGGACUGAGGGCUAAUCUUCCAGAACCAAUCCAAGCAUGUUAACCCAGCCACGUGAACUAUUCCAGCAUCAGAAGUUGUUCUGCCAUCAUUUUAUACCUUAACCCAGGCUUCCUUUUCCCACAGUUUGUAAUUAUAAUUGCUAAUAUCAGACAUUAUUUGGUUCUUUUUUUGUACAUGUCCAAUUUUCUUCAUAAUUAUGAUUUAAGUAAUUUAUUCAUUUUGUGUGUGUAUGUGAGAGUGAGGGAGAGAGAGUGAGAGAGAGUGAGAAACCCCCAAAAAUGAUCAUGUAUGGAAGGAAUUAGGAAUUAAGUAACAAUAUAGGUACUAUUUUGAGGUGGUCCGAUUUUAACAUGUAUCACUGAAAACUUUUAUGAUGGAGGGCCUUGAGUUUAUAAUGUGGGUAUUUCCUUUCAGCAAUGUCUUUAUUAGGUCAUACAUAUUAAGAGUCCUUUUGCGUCGAGUUGCAUUAGUAUACAAAGUGCAGCUCAAACACGCUCAGUCAGUAAUUGCCUGUUUCUUUGGGAAUUUGGAAUGAUAAAAUGCAGUUUACAUGUUCCAGGAUAUGUGUAUGUUGCUAGACAGGAUUGUGAUCAUGUUUUGUGUUUUUGUUGAGUAUGCUUUGUGAAAUGCCUGUAUUUAUCAAAUGAAUUCAAAUUUGUAAUAUAACAUUUUUAAAUGAA